GCAGACGAGACGAGACGAGACGAGGCGACCAGUGGUUGGUUCGUUGGCGCCGGAAAUUGAAGGCCAAUCGCUCGGCCGCGUCGCGUUAUCUUCCUUGUCGCCUCGGCCGGCUCCCCUCCAGCUGCUCAGUCCCCUCCUCCGAUCUCUAGAGAUUCGCGGCGAUGGCGGCUCCGGUGGUGGACGCCGAGUACCUGCGCCAGGUCGACAAGGCGCGCCGCGACCUCCGCGCCCUCAUCUCCACCAAGGGAUGCGCCCCCAUCAUGCUCCGCCUCGCAUGGCAUGAUGCUGGAACUUAUGACGUGAAUACAAAAACUGGUGGCGCAAAUGGUUCGAUUAGAUUCGAGGAAGAGUACACCCAUGGUUCAAAUGCUGGUUUAAAGAUUGCUAUCGAUCUCCUUGAGCCUGUCAAAGCAAAGAGUCCAAGGAUAACAUAUGCAGACCUUUAUCAGCUUGCUGGAGUGGUUGCAGUUGAAGUGACCGGGGGCCCAACCGUUGAAUUUGUUCCUGGCAGACGUGAUUCUUCUGUGUGCCCCCAUGAAGGGCGGCUACCGGAUGCUAAGAAAGGUGCACCACAUCUACGGGACAUCUUUUAUCGGAUGGGCUUAACAGACAAAGAUAUUGUAGCUCUAUCCGGAGGCCACACUCUGGGAAGGGCUCAUCCAGAGAGGUCUGGAUUCGAAGGUGCUUGGACAAAGGAGCCUCUUAAGUUUGACAACUCGUACUUUCUUGAGCUGUUGAAGGAGGAAUCUGAAGGGCUUUUAAAGCUCCCUACCGAUAAGGCACUGUUGGCAGAUCCUGAAUUUAGGCGCUAUGUGGAGCUUUAUGCAAAGGAUGAAGAUGCCUUCUUCAAAGACUAUGCUGAAUCACACAAGAAACUCUCUGAGCUUGGCUUCACUCCCCGUAGCAGCGGCCCAGCAUCUGCAAAAUCAGAUCUUUCAACUGGUGUUGUACUUGCACAGAGUGCCUUUGGGGUAGCAGUUGCUGCAGCUGUAGUUAUCGUGGGCUACUUGUACGAGGCUUCCAAGAAGGCUAAGUAGAUUGCUAAGUUCUUGAUCGCAUGGCUUCACUUAGUAUCAAGAUCAAAUAACAAAAUCCUAGUAAUGAGGUACUGCAGGAUCAUCUAAAAAAUAUUUCAAAAUUCUUACGGACAUUCCUUUCAUCUUUACACCUGUACUCACUAAUCAUGCAUAUUUCAAUGACAAUAUAUGGAGAUGGCAUAGCCUACUAUUGAAAUUA